AAUAUUCUGUAUUUGACAAAUAAUCUCGAAGAUUUCAUAGUUAAACUAUUUUGAAUUAUACAUUUCAACUCCAAUAUUUAUAUAACUGGUAUGUACUACCAAUUGAAUAGCUACCAAUAAAAACAUUAUAUAUUUAUUGUAAGAAAUUGUUGUUGUUUGAUGAAUGAGGUGAAUUUGUGUAUAGUAUGGAGGGAUUUAUCUCACCUCCUCCAUCUGAUUAACAUUAUAAUUGUGUGGGCUACUCCACCAGACCUAUAUAAUUAAUGUAUACGUCAUUAUUAUAACACGAGUUAUUUGUUUUAGGAACGGGCAUAAUGUGCAAUCCAUUAACCGAAAAACGUCAAAUUGUCUCAUGUUCAGUGUGGGUAACUAUAUUCUGUCUUAACAAAAUACUAUUACCUACUAAUAAUCAUCACCAGUGGCGUAUAUAUAAUUUAAUUCCAGGGAGGGGGAGGGGGAAUCCAGAAUGGGAUUCUCGACAUUAUAAUUAAUGAUAAUAACUCUACACACACAUACUUUUAUUUUCUAGUAUGGAGGGUGUUGAACCUCUUACCGAGAUAUACGCCACUGAUCGUCACUUCCUUAUAAACCUACAAUCCUACAUAGUAUAUUUUGUAAAUAUAUAAUAUAAUAUUAGGUGCUUGAAUGUUUGGUUAUUUUAAAAAAUAAAAAUUUCAAAUAAUAUUUCAUAACUAUUUUUAAGUUUGUUAAGGGUGUGAUUAAAUCCCUAAAUCCCCUUAAAUUCUAAUGAUUUUUAAAUUAUUAACCAUUCCUAAAUUACUAAACAUUCAAAACGAAUAAACGUAGGUACCUAUACCUAUUAAAGGUGUUGUGACUAUGAAGUUAUAAGGUAGGUAUAUAUUAACAUUUCUAUGUUAUAGACUAAAUGCUUAUAAAAAUUAUGUUUGUUAUGAAUUAUUUUUAUAACAUUAUAAUAAAUUAUUUUUUCUUAAAACUUCAAGCAUAUUGAUACAUUGCAAGUUGUGUUAACAGAAACAUGUUCAGCUGUACAAAUAAGGAGUGCGUUGAUCUGGCGUCAAUUUGCGAUGGACUCGCAGAUUGUUCAGAUAAGUCAGAUGAAACCCAAAGUCUGUGUGCUUCAUUUUUUAAAACAUGUCCGGGAUCUGCGUUUCGUUGUAAUUACGGUGAAUGUGUAAGUAAAAAUUCAAAAUGUAAUGGUAAGUACGAAUGUGUCGAUGGAUCAGAUUAAAAAUUACCUGAAUGUAAAAAACUAGACUUAAGUAUUUCUUCAAGCCCUACAAGACCGCAACAGACUCAAGGAACCAGUCAGGCUAAAUGCAUGAUUUGUAUAAUAUUCAUAAGAAUUAAUUAUGUGACUUGGCGCGACAUGAGAGUAAGUAACAGCCGCUACCAUUAAUUCCUGGAUGGAUGAUCACCCGGGUUCAUAGUGGCAAUAACCUUGCCAAGCAUAGGUACCUACACACGUACCAACCAACCGUUCCAACCCCUACAAGAGCUAUAAUGGCCAUAGUUGCAGGGGUUAAGACUUAUAAAAAAAAAAUUACCUAUUAUAAUAAUAUAUACACGAGUAUUAUUAAUAUCAAUAAAAAACUUUGGAUUUUGUGUAAAAAUCAUAAUAUAUUUAUUGUUUAUAGUAUAUUUUACUAAUAUUAUAUGUUAUAAUGCAACUAUUAAUUUGUAAAAAUAAAAAAAUAUUUUUAUUAUUAAGAAAUCUAGAGGAAUACCGUUGUUCAUCUGGCCAAUGUAUAGAUAUAACAUCCAUUUGUGAUGGAACUUUAGAUUGCAAUGACGGAUCUGACGAAACAUCAGAAUUGUGUAAACCAAGGGUGUACGUAUUCAUCGGAAUUUAAAAAGAAAUGUGUCCAACGAGUACGUUCAAGUGCAAGUAUGGUGCCUGUAUAAGUAAUCGAAAAAAAUGCGACGGUUUGCAGCACUGAGCUGACGGUUCCGAUGAAGCAGACUGCAAUGGAAACCCCAAACCUUUGCCAUUAUUUAACUGAACCUCGCAAAUCAUGCAGAGGCCGACCACAACAUCUGCACCGCAGUAUCAAACUAGUAGACCAACAACGCAGACCAAUAAUGUGAGGUUAAACUGUAUAAGAAUAAAUGGCUGAUACACCUAUUUGGUGUGUUAUUGAGUAUGAUGGUGGUGGUGUACAAAUUGAACCUAAAAGUUGAACGGACACUGGGUCAUCAGGAACCAGCUAUUGGCCCAAACGAGGAGUUUUUAUUUCAGACCUACAAUACCUUAAUGCAGUAAAACAUAAUACAAGUCCUGAAAUAACUUGGCCAGACUGUAAGACAUCUACACUGGGAUUCUAUGAUGACUUCGAAGAUGCCAAACGUAAACUAAAAAAAUCUGAAGUCAAUGCAGACCUUAACACAGAUGUGGAAAAAGAAAAAAAAAGCCGAAAAAAGUGGAAGAAAAAAAAAACAUUUGUUAGUUCUAGUGACAAUCCUGAACCUUAAGUAACGCCCGCUAUUAAAAUAAAACUAUUUCCUAAACCACAACAACCAAGUACAUUGCCACAAAGUUUAUAUUUAAAUGAAUCUGCAUUGCAUUUUCCUGAAAAAUUACGCUCUCACAGAAUCCCUUUCUAAAUUUUCCGUAUCAACUACAUCAUUUACCACAUAGUAAAUAUUAUAAAUAAUAUAAUUAUUCGAUUUGAUUUAAAAGUACACAACAAUAGCAAAUAGAUUAAAUACAGUAAUUUUAUAAUAUACAUUGCCUUUGCGAUUCUUUGACCGGUCCACUCCCAUCCAGCCACUAUUACACAAAUAACAAUUUAUAAUAAUAUCGACAUCAUGAAUUCACGCGCAUCUUUGAGUUGCUUGCUGGCCGUCAUAGCCAACUUCAUCCCUGAGGCGGCCCUGAGCGGCGCCCGCAUUGUGUCACGUCUGGUCAUAAUGGCUGACCGCAAUUCGAACUUGUUGAUCGUCCUCAAAAAAGCCGUCAGCGCCGGAUCCAAAAUCACCGAUCCAAUUACAUUUGUGAUAAAAAUUCCACCGAUUAAGAUUACCGCUGGCGACAGCGUUAUGGAAAUCCAGUGCUGUGAACCCAAUGUUAUCUUCACCAACGAAGAGAGACACAUGUUUUGCCAGUCAAUGGACGACCACAUGUUACGCACGGUGUACCGGUGUCACGAUGUCACGCUAUACGACGACGGCAACCCCGAAAACGUGACAGUGGUGUACUGGACGUUGGUCAAGACGGCGUGGUACCAGCUCACGUUCCUGGCCCUGACCAUAUUGCCGUUCUGUUUAAUGGUGAUAUCCGCACUAGUAUACCACCUCUCAGAAAGCUUCGAGCACAGCCAAUGCGUCGAAAACCUUACGAAGAGCAUUGCAUUGCCUUUUUUGCCGAGACAAUCACACUACCGACUGUCACAGACUUUAAAUCAACCGGUUAAACUGUAUAAGAAUAAAUGGCAGAUACACCUAUUUGAUGAGUUAUUAAGUUUGAUGAUGGUGGUGUACUGCAAAUUGUACCUAAAAGUUGGACAGAGACUGGAUCGCCAGGAACCAGCUAUACUGGGAUUCUAUGGCAAUGCAAUGCGACGAGAAGACGCUCAUCGUAAGGUUUUCAACGUACGGCUGUGCUCACAGUUUUCCGAGAAGUGGUAUACUAUUGCGGUUAUCAACAUUAUACAGAACGAUAAUAUGGUCAAGACCAGGAACGUUAUCUGAUACCACGCCGUCUUGGUCAACGUUCCGUACACCACUGGCACGUUUUCGGGGUUGCCGUCGUCGUAUAGCCUGACAUCGUGACACCGACACACCGUGCGUAACAAGUGGUCGCUCAUUGUCUGGCGAAAAAUGUGCUUCCCUUCAUUGGCGAAAAUAUUAUUGGGUUCUCAGCACGGGAUUUCCAUAUCGCUGUCGGCAGCGGUAAUCUUGACCGGUGGAAUUUUAAUCACAAAUGUAGUGGAAUCGGUAAUUUUGGACCCGGCGCCGACGACUUUUUUGAGGGCGAUCAACAAGAACGAAUUGCGGCCAGCCAUUACGGCCGGACGUGACACAAUGUAUGCGCCGCUCACGUCCGCCUCGGUGAUGAAGAUGGCUAUGGCGGCCAGCAAGCAACUCAAAGAUGCGUGUGAAUUCAUGAUGUCGAUAUUAUUAUAAAUUGUUAUUUAUGUAAUGGGGGCUGGAUGGACGUGGACCGGUCAAAGAAUCGCAAAGGCAAUGUCUAUUAUAAUAUUACCGUAUUUAAUGUGUUUGGUAAUUUUGUGUAUUUUUAAAUCAAAUCGAAUAAUUAUAUUAUUUAUAAUAUUUACUGUGCGGUCAAUAAUGCAGUUGAUACGGAAAAUUUAGAAAGAGAUUCUGAGAGAGCGUAAUUUUUCAGUAAAAUGCGCUGCGAUAACACACCUGAAUCAGUGACUGUAACGCAAAAUACUCUGACGGACCCCGCGUCGUUUAAGGACUAUUUAUAACAUAUAUCUAGAACCGGCGGUCGGCCGUUUUUAACUACAAGGUUGCUAACCACCUACUGCCCUUAGAAACGCCGCCGCCGCUGCCACUGACGAUAAAGUUAUCCCCCCUCUGAUUCCCACCGCGUCCAGGACAUUGAAUUAGUACCUUUUUACAAUAUUACAAAUAUGUAUUAUUAUUACAGAACAAAUUCAUAGAAAAUGUAUAAAUUCUCCAUCGAAAUGUCUGUGAAAACCAAAUAUAUUUGAUACAAAUGACAUUCUGUUAUUUGUCCGAAAAAUUAAUUAAUAAUUGAAAAUUGUGAGGUUUUAAUAAACUAAAUUUUAGAAUUGUACAAAUACUUGAUGAUCAUUGUAAAAAAAAUAUUGAGCCAUUGUACUUAACCGAAAUAAAGUAUAUUAAAUUAUUUACACGAUGACCUUCAACGAGUAUAUUAAUAUGACAGUCACUUAAGUGUACACCACAUUUGUUAAUUUUUUUGGGGGGAGGAAGGUGGAGAGGAAAUGUAUGUAUAUUUUAACUACCUUUUACUCUUCAAAAAAAUGUUUGUUUAUAUUAUGGUAAAUUCUCAAUACAAAUAUAUACUGUACUAUUCUGAAUGUAUAAUACUAUAAUGUAACUACCUAAAUGUAGGUAUAAAUAUGUGCAAAUCGUUAAACGAAUAAUAAACUACAUAAUAUUUAAAUGUUCAUACUUUUUAACUACCUGUUACUCUUCAAAAAAAUGUUUGUUUAUAUCAUGGUAAAUUCUCAAUACAAAUACUGUACUAUUAUGAAUGUAUAAUACUAUAAUGUAAGUACUUAAAUGUAGGUAUAAAUAUGUGCAAAUCGUUAAACGAAUAAUAAACUACAUAAUAUUUAAAUAUUCAUAAUAUAGAUGCAACUAUUGAUAUCAU